AGCCCACAAUAUUCUAGCUUCUCCUUACUGUUCAAAAAUGGGGACUGAUAUUCAAGCCUCUUCUCAGCUUCGCAUGUUCUUUUUUCCGUUCCUGGCUCAAGGCACGUGAUACCAAUUUUGGAUAUGGCCACUCUGUUCGCGACGCGAGGUGUGAAGUCAACCAUAAUCACCACUCCGCUUAAUGCAACUCUCCUCUGCGAUCGUAUCCAAAGAAGAAAGUAUGCAGGUAUCCCAAUUGAUAUCAAGAUCCUUAAGUUUCCUUGUGCCGUGGUCGGGUUACUGGAGGGAACCGAAGAUGCUCAUGCACUCACUUCUCCUGAAGAAAGCAUGAAAUUUUUCAAGGCCCUAACCAUGCUACAAGAACCCCUUAAGCAACUACUGCAAGAAUCCAAACCAGAUUGCUUGGUGGCCGACAUGCUCUAUCCUUGGGCUACUGCUUCGGCAGGGAAAUUUGGUAUUCCCACGUUGGUGUUUUGUGUAUUUAGUAUCUUUUCGUUGUGUAUAACAAUGUGCCUCGAGAUGUACAAGCCACAUAGAAAUAUUGAGUCUGAUUCUGAAACUUUUGUGGUGCCUAACUUUCCAGAUAAUAUCAAGUUGACGAGAAAACAAAUGGGUUCAAAAAGAUAUUCUGAGUUGGUGAUGGCAUCAAGAGAAUCAGCAAUGAACAGCUAUGGCAUACUUGUUAACAGUUUUUAUGAGCUGGAAGGGACUUAUGCUGAUCACUAUUGGAAUGAAUUUGGAGUGAAGAUGUGGCAUAUCGGACCAUUUUUCCUUUACAAUAGGGGAAUUGAAGAUAAAGCUCACAGAGAGAAGGAAGCAUCAAUUGAUGAACACGAGUGCUUGAAAUGGCUCGAUUCCAAAGAACCAAAUUCAGUUGUUUACAUAUGUUUUGGAACCUUGACCCAAUUCAACUGUGCUCAGUUGAAGGAGAUUGCAAUGGGGCUUGAAGCUUCAGGUCAGCAAUUCAUCUGGGUUGUGAGAAAACACAGUAGGGAAGAACAGGAUUGGUUACCGAAAGGAUUUGAGCAAAGAAUGGAGGGGAAAGGGUUAAUAAUAAAAGAAUGGGCACCACAACUAUUGAUUCUUGAGCAUCAAGCAACUGGAGGAUUUGUGACACAUUGUGGAUGGAAUUCAACCAUAGAAGGUGUUUGUGGGGGUGUUCCCAUGGUCACAUGGCCAAUAAUGGCGGACCAAUUUUACAAUGAGAAGUUGGUGACAGAGGUUUUGAAGAUUGGGAUCCCAGUUGGUGUCAGUAAGUCAGUUGCAAUGGUGGGAGAUUUUGUGCAGAAGGAAGCAAUAGAGAAGGCUGUAAAGGAGAUAAUAGAAGGUGAAAAAGUUGAGGAAAUGUGGAGCAGAGCCAAGGAAUUGAGGGAAAUGGAAAGAAAGACUACUGAAAAAGCGGUUCGUCACACUCUAAUUUGAACGCUCUGAUUGAAGAAUUGGGUUCAUUUCGCCACUAAGUACACAGAAUCUGACAAGAAAUAAACAUUCUCAUUUAUUUCAUGUAAUUUGGUGUUCAUUUUUAAUUAUGCACUCGUUUAAUUGUCUGUGUUAGUGUUUUUUCUUCAUAAAUAGUGGUGCUUUCUGCUCCGAAAGAAAUGUGCUUCCCUUUUUUCUUUUUUUCUUUAUCUGAAAAAAAUAAAAGGUUUUAAGAAUU